AUGUUGCAUCUCAGGCGUUUGAUCCCUCAGUCGCGCAUACACCGGGCACUGCAUGAUAAAUUUGACUUGGAUUUAAGUGUUCCGCACAUCUCCCAUGUCGUCGAUGACAUGAUGAAGGAGUGGUUUAAGGAUUACCGCAGUAAGUUACACCGGCAAUACAAGCGGUGCAUGAGCCACGAGGAGGCCGUACAGUCCGCACCGCUGCACGUGAGCGAUGAGGACUGGCGGAUACUCUGCGAUAGGUUUUCGUUUGAUUCUUUUCAGAAGAGGAGCAAAAUAAAUUCUGACAAUAGAGGAAAGUUAGAAGUGAACCACGUAGCUGGUUCAAAGUCAUUUGUACGACUUCGUCAUGACAUGCGAGAUUCUGUCACUGGCCAGGAGCCCGGACCAGUAGACUUCUACAAAGGGAGUCACUGUCAGCAGGCGACAGGAUCUUGGGUACAUCCUAGAGCCAAUGAGAUUUGGGAGUAGAUGAACACCUUACGCAGUCAACCCACUCCCGAUGGUACUCAGCGGAGUGAGCCAGAGAUCCUGAGUCAGGUGCUUGGCACCCGUUCUGGAUAUGUGCGUAGGUUUGGCUAUGGUGCCAAGCUCAUGGCACCCGCUAGAGCUGCCUCCAGCCGAUCCAUCGUUGUUGGCGACAGCGCCGUACGCCGAGCUGAUACUGCAGAGAGAGAGGUUCAGUAACUACGGGUC